AUGCAGCCUAGACGGACGCGUAAACAUGGCAUGCUCACCUCCGAGGGCGAAGCAUCGAAGCAAUUGGACGCACAGCCUACCCUAGGCAUGCUGUCUGCGACAAGUGCGCAUUCGCAGACUUCAGAUCAGAUCAGCACCCACGUCAGUGAUCGCUGGACACCGAGAGCGCGCAAUCGCACGUCCGGCAGCGCUUCUGAGGAUGAAAGCAGCUCAGAGGCGACUCGCGAUACCUCCCUCGAAAUAUCACCACAGCACGCUGUGGACCCGCGCGCUCCAAUUCAGCCCACAGCUUCGAGCUCCGAAGCUGCCGAAGCUUUCAAUAUGACUCUUCAGCGUCCCACCGUUUCCCACAAGGAACGCCAGCACUUCGCAACAGCUGCAGGCCCUCACACGUUGGAACGUCAAUUCUCUGCUAUAGUGAGCAUGACGCCCCCGGCUCGGCUAGGUGGUGGUGUGCCAGAGGGCUGGUCAAAUCUUCGCAAAGCAGACAUACCAGCCACAGACGGUAGAGCAGCUUUGCAAAAGCCGUAUUACAAUGCUUAUUCGCACGAAGCUGUGCAAACUCCAAGCGGUCUACCUCGCUCGCAUGCGCGCUCUUCUCUGCUUGGGGCAGCAAAUCUUCGCAUGACUUCGGAUCAUGGGGCCACAAUGCCUGAGCAAGACGAUGACUCACCAGUGCCUGUUCGUCGUGGUCUGCGUCACGGCUCUCACGCUCGAGCCAAGACCGACUCUGCUGCACCACGACCUGAGAGUGCGGUUGCAAGCCGAAGGCGACGGGUGCCAACAUUCCUCCAAUCCCGACCAGACGCCUCCGAGGGACUUGACAACAAUUCAGAUUCAGACGCCGAAGAUGCACCACCGCCCAGCCCCAGUCCGAUGGGCGAUCUUGCAUUUCCACAGACCACGAUGUGCGAUGCACAGGAAAGCGAUGGUGGGCUACACUCCAGGGCACGUAUGUCGCGCGAAAGACUUUUGAGCAACGGCGACGAUGGAUCAGGAGAGCGUCGCCGCACUCCAGGGUUGGUGCUUGGACUAGGACUCUUCGGGGCCAACGAUCAAGUUGCAGGGAGUGCCGCUGCUGGACCAUCGCGCUCUUCGACUGGAAGCAGCUUGCGCUCGGCGGCUAGCAGCGCCACCAUUGGUGCUUCCUCUCGUACAAGCGCUCGCGACAGCAGCGGCGAUCUGGCGGUAGAGGCGCCGGCGGAGAAUAUGUCGACGAGCACCACACCCUUUAAAAGGCGGGCCGGAGAGCGCUCCAGCCAGGAACACUUGCGCAAUCGAGCGCACUCUUCAACUUCUGUUCACGAGCGCCCUCCGCUGGGCCAGGACCUCCACGCUACGCCAAUGUCGCGCACUGCAAUCGGAAGUGCUUCCAGCGAGGGCCGCUUGACAUUGGCAGUCCAGCGAGCGGAAAGCCCAUGUCCGCCUUCUGGCCACGCAGCUUCGGGGCAAGAGUGCCUGCCGACCAGGCGCACAGCGAAACGCCGCUCUUUAGGCGCAUUCGCACACGACCUUGGUGCGAUGCCAAGCGUGGCACCUCAAAAAGGUAAAAGUGCGAUGGAGAGCUCGCGAACGGCGAUGAGCAGCAUUGCAGCCCGCCACAAGCGUACUAGCAUGCCUGUCAGCUCGCAGAUGCCCCUUCAUAAAGAUGGCAUGCAGAUGCCGACCUCUUCCACCGGCCAUGCGGUCGAAAGCACCGGCGCAGAGGGUGACGACAGUGGAGUCGCCUUCGGUAGUCCGGUAGCCGGUAAGCGUGGCCCUGGCUACCUCGGCGUCACAGGUGCAUCCGGCACGCCUGCGCAUAGUGCACACCUGAAUCUUGGGCGCGGCCAUGCCCGAGAUCCACAUCCUUUCAGCGUACGUGAGCGGUCAGCGUUGGCCAGGGAGACCAGCCUGAGCGACGGUGUCAACUCCCAGGAAAGCUCACCAGAUGCUUCUCAAAGGUCACUACGUCCUGGCUCGGCUAAUGAGAUGCUCGGCAGCCCAGCGUCGCACAUCAGUGGGAGUGCUCAGCGGGACGGUGCGCACUACACGACGCCACAAAAUUUCAAGAAUGCUAAGCCUCUAGCCACUGCAUUUAUGUCGACCGGUCUUGUCAGCAAGCAGCGAAGUCGACCCGCCACUGCUACUGGCGACAUUGUCCCUCCGCUGCCUCCCAGCUUUGCGCCCUCUGCCUGGUCCCAAGCGCCCGGUGUAAGUGCUCAAGUUGCUGGGCAUUCUCUAGGCAACAGCGCAAGUGCGCUUGGGCUGCGGGAAGUCGUAGCCGCUGCCCAGGCACACGCCGCAGCCAACUGCUCUGCAACUACAACAAUGCCUGACACUCCGGUCAAGAGGAACGCGGCGUCUGGAGACAUUUCUCAUUCAAAGAUCGCUGGCCUUGCGCCACAGCCUCCGCCCAGCGUUCUCAGGCCAUCGACUCACAGUGUGCUCGAUAGAAGUGGAGCAGGCGCUCGUGCCCGUUCCCGCUUGAGCCAUGGCUCUCCUGUCUUUGACUCGCAGUCCAGCUGCAGCAGCGGUGCUAGCGCGUGUGGAGACUCUCCACUCCUACCAGACGCAUGCGAAAGCCCGACCAUGAACCUAAUGUCGGUCAGCGGUCCUCUGGGAGAUGGACACCCUCCUGCCGCCUCGCAGGGACAGAUUUGGGGGCGCAGAGCAAGUACGUUGAUGCCCCCAUCGAUCCUUGCAGCUCAGGCUCGGACCGGUCCGUCAUCCUCAACGCCAGCGAGAGGUGCGCCUCAUCACCUCAAGAUUUCUUCCCCUCUACCGCGGACGGUCUCGCCGCCUGGAGGCUUGACACACUCGAACCAGCCGUCUUCGAGCGCCCUUAGCUUUGGCAGCAGUGUCGAUCAGACGACCGCACGGUCUGCCUCUCCACACAGAAGCGACUUUCUAGAUAAGGGCUCCUCCGCAUCGUCAUUCCUUGCACACCGACGCCGACAAACCAAUGCACUUCGCGCAAACGCGCCGGAUAGAGUCGAUACCACCAUUCUUGCGGGCGAGGAUCCUGCCGCUGCUUCGGCAACCGCAAACCCGUUUGCUCGUCCGCCUCUGUUGCGCAGCAAAACUGGAAGCAGGCCAGGGCUUGCCUCAGGUCGCCAAAGCUCUUUUGGCUUGACCUUCGAUCAGAGCCAGGGCUGGCUGGGCGGUAGCUCUAGUGGAGCUCCAAGCCCAGCGUUUGGCCCCGGUUGCGUGCCUCAGACGCCCACGCGCAAUAACAGCAUCAAGUGGUUCGAAGGUAAGUGGCUGAACAUUUGAGCUGCAAGGAGCCUUGACUACAAUUGACACACCUCCUUGGCUGCACAGCUGCGCAAUUGAUCACGACGCCUUCUCCUUCUUCUAGAAGGAACGCCGAGGCUGCCGUCUCGAAGAGAAGCAGCUUUUCGGGCCGCGUUUCUUCCAGAGGAGUGGCACGGAUGAAUCAACUGGCAGAGAUGCGACGCCGCUCAUCUUUGGUUCCUGAGCAUUUUGUCACAGCCUCGCGGAAGCUCAGAAAUGCUUUGGCGAGUCCUUUGCAGAGCCCUCAAAAGCCCGGCUCUGCCUCUUUCGAGGCGCGCUUCAUUGUGCACUCCAUAUUGGGUUCUGGGGAGUUCAGCGAAGCUGUAAAGGCAGAAGAGCGCACCACUGGUUGUAUCUACGCCGUCAAACGCAUGAAACGCUCCUUCACGGGUCCGCGGGAUCGGCUAAGACACCUGGAAGAAGUCGACAUACUUAGACACCUUUCACAAGCCCAGAAUGGCGAAGGCCACCCCAACGUAGUGUCGCUCGUGGACGCUUGGGAAGAGGGCGGUCAUCUCUACGUCCAGACGGAACUUUGUCCCCUGGGUACGCUCUCUUUUUUCCUGGAGGAGUUUGGCAACUUGGCCGGGCAGCUCGAUGAGGCACGACUCUGGAAGGUUCUUGCUGAAAUGACGGCGGGUCUGGAUCACGUCCACUCGAACGGUAUCCUGCACUUGGACUUGAAGCCAGCGAACGUCUUCAUCACAGAGGUUGGCACACUCAAGCUUGGUGACUUUGGACUCGCUACGAGGUGGCCUCCCGUCGAUCCUGCGACCAUUCUGCGUGGCGCACGGGUGAGCAACGAGGAUCUUGCUAGCUCUGACGAAGCCAUCAACGAGCUGUACGCCAGCUCUGGCCAGGCGGUGCGAGCGCGUCAAGCCUCGAAGGGUUCCAAAGUCGAACGCGAGGGAGAUCGCGUCUACAUGGCACCUGAAAUCAUGGCUCGCGGGCAGAGCGGCACCGCCGCUGACAUAUACAGGUGAGUCGGAGACGGUCAUCUGAUAUGCGGGCUAGGCAGUGCUUCGACUGACUUGUCUUCCAUUCAUGCAACGUAGUCUCGGUCUGAUCAUGCUUGAAGCAGCGGGCAACGUCAUUUUGCCGGAUAAUGGAGAGGCCUGGCACAAGCUGCGUUCUGACGAUACGUCGGACGUGGAUUUGUCUGCAUUCAGCGUCUCGCUGGUGCGCUUGAUCAAAGCCAUGAUGGCGUCCGAUCCUGCGCGUCGUCCCUCUGCAAAGCAAAUCUUGGCACAUCCCGUUGUCGCUGCAGUGCGCCAGAAGAUGUCGGCUGGCUUGAUGGCAUCAGAGCUGGAUCAGUUGCCAGAUUUCGAGGUGCCUUUGUCGGAGAUCAACCACUCCAUCUCACCCAACGGUAGCAUUUCCAAUCCUACCAUCGCGGAUCGAAAGGAUGCCGACGGUGAUAGCGAGAUGUCGGACAUCGGGGGGAGUCCUUUGGUCGGCAAAGACAUGGAACGGUCCUCCUCCGCGUCUUCUGCCCUGGGUCUAGUCGGCUUGCCCGCUUCAGCACCAUGCGAGGGCGAUAGAUCAGCACGAGAUCAGGAGCGAGUGUUGGACAUUCGCGGCUCCCUGGUGCACGAGCCGGACGACUUUGUGCUCGAGGUCCUCAAAGCUGAUCCAGAUCCCGAGGCUCGGCGCCUGUCUCCCGAUCUCCAAUCACAGUGGCAAUUCGACGCGGACAGUGUCAAUGGAGAACCCAUCCUCCAUGCUGCGGGAAGCGAAGGCGAGCAAGUGGGCACGGAGUCCCACUUUGGAGCUCAUUUUGCCCCUUCGCCGUACGUUUCGAGGAUCUUGCAUCAUGGGGGCGGAGCUUCGCCAAGCAAGGCUGGCCAUCACUCCUUUGACGAGGAUGAUGAUGAUGGGCAAGACAUGGAAGUGGAUGUGCAGAUCGAAAUCACGACGCCCCAACUCGAUGAAGACGACGACAUCUUCAACAUUUCGACCGCUGCGUGA